AUGGAAGGUACAAGGACCGCGGGGUUGAAGCUCGCGCAUGGUGCAGCUUCCACGCGGCAUGCAUGUUGGAUUGCCGACUGGAUAUGCUCUGAGAAGAGUGACCUGCCUCCGAGGCAGUCCAUUAUCUCUACGCGUGCGACAAAAAAACCGGAACGCAACAUGGGCAAAGCGACACAAGUGAAGAAGCAUGAGAGCUACAAAUACGGUGCAGUACUUCUGUUAAAUCCAGAACAAGAAUUCGCCUAA